UUAUGUUGAAGCGAAAGCUGGCCCUGCAGACGGCGGGACUGUCCGAGGCAGAGCCCAAGAAACCAGCCAGGAGUGCAGAUACCACAUCCGCUCUGUUUGCCCAGCCACUGUGGGAGCAGUUCUACAACAAUGAAUGCAGCUUGAAUGAGGUGCUGUUAUCCUUGGAAACGCCGCCGACCAUUGCCUGCACAUACAAUCCCGUGGAGUAUGCGUCGUCCCUGCACUGCGCUUAUUUGCGACGCUUUCUAGAUGGACCGAAGAACGUCAUGUUCAUAGGCAUGAAUCCGGGACCAACUGGAAUGCUGCAGACGGGAAUUCCCUUUGGCAAUGUGCGCACGGUGAGCGAGCUAAUGGAGAUCUCCGGAGAGGUGGGCAGGCCGCCUGUACUCCAUCCUAAGCGACCAGUUGUGGGCUUGGAGUGCAAAACGCAAGAACGCAGUGGGGUGCGCUUGUGGGAGCUAUUUCUACGGUUGGCGGGCGGUCGGCUGGACAUAUUUUCGCGGCAAUGUUUUGUGCACAAUUUUUGUCCACUUGCCUUUUUUGAUGCUGCCGGGCGCAACAUAACACCGACUGAGCUGAAGGGUCCAUACAAGCGGCAGAUCCGUGACGUUUGCCUGGAUGCCUUGGAGAAGCAGUUGCUGAUUGUCAAGCCCCAGGUGGUGGUGGCUGUGGGUGAUUAUGUGUAUCAAGCAUUGAAGCGCUCGGACCACUGCAAAACGCUGCUGCGUUUGGCGCAUCCAAGUCCGCGUUCUUUGAAUAACACCAACUGGCCCGAGAAGGCGCAGGAGUUUCUCGAGCAGCAUGGAUUGAUACAUUUCAUGCGUAAUGAAGCGUAGGUGCAUUUAAAAUGCAUUUGCAGAUUUUCUGCAAUUGUCCAUCGAUCAAAUUCAAGACAAUUCCGAUCCUGAGGCAUAGUAGAAUAGAACAGGCCCGGAAAUAUUCACAAUUUGUACAAAAUAUUUAUAGUCUAAUAAAGUAU